AUGGGGUUUAAAAUUCAACGACGUUCGAUCUCACCUUUGAAGUUCGGAGCUGUGGCUGCUGGCGUUGCCGUUGUCGGUGGAGGUUUGAUUUAUGCAGUGGAAAACUCGGUCCAUGCUAGCAAUGAUUUCCAUCCAUUUCCGCUGUCGGGCCACAUAGCGAACUUCAGAUCUUUCGAUAUUGCUUCAUCAUUGUCCGGUACGGUCGACAGUCCAGUAAGGAAGACCAAUUUCGAACGGAAGGAGAACAGAGAAGAGUACAGAGAAUGA